GGUCCAGGUAGGUGGUUGGCAGAGGACGUAGCUGUAGGAUUGAAAGCUUUAUGAAAUAACCCUAAAUUUAUUGUUGAUUGUAGAUUUGAUAUCAUUUUUCCUGUUGGUGGGUUAUAGUGAUGCUAAUUUUGUGUUCUUGAUUUUCCCAGUCUGUUUCAUACAAUUUAUUGUUCUCAAUAUAGGUAAUUGUUAAAAAUAUAAUUUAAUGCAUUUUUAAAGCUUUUGUAAGACUGUGAAUUUACAAAUCACAAACUGUGUUCUGGUUUUUGAUUUACAAGGAAUAUGGUCAGGUGGGUGAUUUGGUGCCUGUAUGUGUUGUCGUACGUAAUGAAUCCUCAGUGCCAUUUACAUGGACCAGAGCGGUUAACUCAUCCUCUGUAGAGUGAUUCCAGAUGAGAUGUGGUAUAGCAGAAGGAACAACGUCUGUAUUGCCCUAACUACCAUUUUGUGCCUUCUAUUCAUACGCCUUGGACAAAACAGUUAGUGUCGUGAAGCUUCGGUUUCUCAUCUUUAGAACGAGGGCUGUAUGCCCUCUCCUUCCGAGGCCCAUCUGACCCUAAAAUCUUGACCAAUUUAAAAUUCUGGAAAGUUGUAUGUUAGCAAUUGACCUGUGAAAGACAAAUGUAGACGUGUAUGCACUGACUCCAAAUUUUGUUCUUUAAAACCGUUCAGAUUAAUUUUAGAAAAUGCCAAGUAGGAAAUUUGCCGAUGGUGAAGUGGUGAGGGGCCGGUGGCCCGGGAGCUCACUUUAUUAUGAAGUAGAAAUUCUGAGCCACGACAGCAACUCCCAGCUUUACACCGUGAAAUACAAAGAUGGAACUGAACUGGAAUUGAAAGAGAAUGACAUCAAGCCUUUAACGUCCUUUAAGCAAAGGAAAAGUGGCUCUUCCUCCAGCUCUCCCUCUCGACGCCGGGGGAGUCGGUCCCGGUCACGUUCCCGGUCCCCAGGCCGGCCACCAAAGAGUUCCCGCCGGUCUGCGUCUGCGUCCCACCAGGCCAGCGUUAAGGAGACAAAGAGGGAACUCUUGGAAGUUAAAUUGACUCCACUGGUGCUGAAGCCCUUUGGAAAUAGCAUUGGCAGAUACAAUGGGGAGCCUGAGCGUAUAGAGAGGAAUGACAUACCUCCCAGAAGCAUUCAGGAAAAACCACAUUUGUCACAAGAAAGUAGUUACGUAUCUACACAGUAUAGCCUUCGACCAAGAAGAGAAGAGAUCAAAUUUAAAGAAAUGGAUUCUAAGGAGGAAGAAGUUGUUACAAAAGGACCUGUGUCGUCGAGAACGUUUGAAGUGACAGCCACACAGACGAAGGAUUUAGAGUUUGGAGGAGUACCUGGUGUGUGCCUCCUCAUGCUGGGUCUGCCUGUCUUCCUCUUCCUGUUGCUGUUGAUGUGUAAGCAGCAGGACCCCAGCCUUCUCAGCUUCCCUCCUUCUCUGCCGUCUUUGUAUGACUUAUGGGAAACCAGAGUAUUUGGAGCCUACCUUCUCUGGUUUUUUCUUCAAGCUCUGUUCUACCUACUGCCAGUUGGAAAGGUUGUAGAAGGAACACCUCUUACUGAUGGACGAAGACUCAAGUAUAGAAUAAAUGGAUUCCAUGCUUUUAUCCUGACGUCUGUGAUCGUCGGAGCAUCUCUCUUUUGGGGUGUGGAGCUUUAUUACGUGUACAACCAUUUCCUUCAGUUUGCGCUGGGGGCAGUUGUUUUUUCUGUGGCCUUGAGUGUUUAUCUCUACGCACGGGCUUUGAAAGCACCCAGGAACGAACUGUCGCCUGCCAGCUCUGGAAACGCUGUCUAUGAUUUCUUCAUUGGCCGUGAAUUAAAUCCUCGAAUUGGUGCUUUUGAUCUCAAAUACUUCUGUGAAUUGCGCCCCGGAUUGAUUGGAUGGGUGCUUAUUAACUUGGUGAUGCUUUUGGCUGAGAUGAAAUUCCAGAAUCGUGCUGCUCCGUCCUUAGCAAUGGUUUUGGUUAACAGUUUCCAGCUCUUGUACGUGGUGGAUGCUCUUUGGAACGAGGAAGCGGUAUUGACAACCAUGGACAUUAUCCACGAUGGAUUUGGAUUCAUGCUGGCUUUUGGAGAUUUAGUGUGGGUGCCAUUUAUCUACAGCCUCCAAGCCUUCUAUUUAGUCCGUCAUCCAAAUGAAAUAUCUUGGCCAGUUGCUUCUGUAAUCAUUGCUCUGAAACGUGAGUAUUAAUUUCAGCCUCUGUAUUAAAUAUUGUGUACUGAGUCUCUUGUGCUCCAGUACCUACAUAUUUAUAACAUAUCCCUUUAAGUGGCCACGGUUAGCUAAGAGUGAAGUAAUUUGUGAUGGAUCAGUAAUAAAACGAUUCUGCAUCUUGCAGAAAGAAUAGAUGCUUCAUGCUUAGCUUCUUCAGUAGCUCUCUAAAUAGGUAAUUUUUAAUAACAGAAACCACACCCGCUGCCAUCGAGUUGA